AUGGCCAAAAGCUCAAGAUCAAGCGUCGUCAAGACAAACAACCAGCGUCUCAAAAAGAAUGUCUUUGGUCCUGUCGAGGCAGCGAGAGCAGAACGUCUCUCUGCGAAGCUAUUGGCGAUCGCAUCUCAGCCCAAGCCCCAAAAAGACCUUGAAAUGAAAGAAGAGCCUGGGGAUGAGACCAAGGAUGGCGCUGCUGAAAAAGAUGACUCCAUGGAAGUUGAUGUCCCAAAGCCGGCAAGCAAGAAGUCAAAUAAACGGAAGGUUGAGAAACGGAAGGCCAAGAAGAAGUCGUCCAUCGUCUUUCCAAUGAGGGGUCCCAAGCGUAACAAAAAAUGA